AUGGCCAAACAAAUACUAUCGAAUGAGUUUGUCUCUGAUUCCGAUUCAGAGGAAACAUCCCAUAACGAAUUCCGUGUACCACAUUAUGAAGUCCCAAAGGACUAUAAAAAAUUGAAACAUCUAAAAAGCGUUCCUUUAUUAAAUAACAGUGCCGAUAAGGACCAUGAGCUAUGGUUAUUUAAAGUACCUAAAAAUUUAGAUAUUUCUAAGAUCAAAUCUUUGCCAUUAGAUGGGCAUUCACAAUUUCAAGUCCAUGACAAGAUAUUCAAGGUUGAAUUAAAUAAUUCAGAAGCACAGAAUGAUUCAAAUAUGACAAUCUUAGCAUCUGAUAACAACGACAAAAAUAAAGAUAUUCUAAAGGUUUUAAAUAAGAAAAAUAAAGUUCUCAAUUUUAAUAAGAUUUUUACAAUAAAUUAUACAACAAAUAUUCCUGACAUUCAAUAUGACAAAAUCAAAGUGCCAAGGGAAAAUGUGCCUAUAAUUGAAGGUUUAAAAGUAAGACAUUUUGCUACUGGCUAUGACGAAGAGGAAGAGGAAGAAGGACAAAAAACAAAAGUUGUAAAACAAAAAGAAGAAACAAAGCCAAAGAAACGUAAACAUGAUGAUGUUGAUGAUGUCAAAUUGAAAGAUGACAAGAAGAAAUCAAAGAAAGACAAAAAGGGUAAAAAAGAUAAAAAGAAGAAGAAAGACAAGAAACAUUAA